AUGCCUGCUCCUCACGGUGGUGUCUUACAAGAUUUAAUUUCAAGAGAUUCUCAUAAAAAAGAUCAACUUUUACAAGAAUCUGAAAAAUUACAAUCAAUUACUUUAAAUCCUCGUCAAUUAUGUGAUUUAGAAUUAAUUUUAAAUGGUGGGUUUUCUCCAUUAACUGGAUUUUUAACUCAAAAAGAUUAUGAUGGUGUUGUUGAAAAAUUACAUUUAUCAAAUGGUCUUGUAUGGUCAAUCCCAAUUGUUUUAGAUUUAUUUAAACAAGAUGCUGCUAAAUAUUCAACAGGUGAAAGAGUUACUUUAAGAGAUGAAGAUGGUUAUGCUUUAGCUAUUUUAACCAUUGCUGAUAUUUAUCAACCAGAUAAACAAAAUGAAGCUAAAAAAGUCUUUGGUGGUGAUCCAGAACAUCCAGCUAUUAAAUAUUUAUUUGAAACUGCUGGUGAUGUUUAUAUUGGUGGUGAAUUAGAAGCUAUUAGAUUACCAAUUCAUUAUGAUUAUACUGCUUUACGUAAAACUCCAAAUCAAUUAAGAGAUGAAUUUAAAUUGAAAAAUUGGGAAAGAGUUGUUGCUUUCCAAACAAGAAAUCCAAUGCAUAGAGCUCAUAGAGAAUUAACUGUUAGAGCUGCAAGAGAACAUACUGCUAAUGUUUUAAUUCAUCCAGUUGUUGGUUUAACUAAACCAGGUGAUAUUGAUCAUCAUACAAGAGUUAGAGUUUAUCAAGAAAUUAUUAAAAGAUAUCCAAGUGGGUUAGCUCAAUUAUCUUUAUUACCAAUUGCUAUGAGAAUGGGUGGUCCAAGAGAAGCUGUUUGGCAUGCAAUUAUUAGAAAAAAUUAUGGUGCUACACAUUUUAUUGUUGGUAGAGAUCAUGCAGGACCUGGUUCAAAUUCAAAAGGUCAAGAUUUUUAUGGUCCUUAUGAUGCUCAAGAAUUAGUUGAAGAAUUUAAACAUGAAUUAGGUAUUGAAGUUGUUCCAUUUAGAAUGGUUACUUAUUUACCAGAUGAAGAUCGUUAUGCACCAAUUGAUACUAUUAAAGAAGGUGUUAAAACUGCAAAUAUUUCAGGUACUGAAUUACGUAAAAGAUUAAAAGAUGGUUCAGAAAUUCCAAGUUGGUUUUCUUAUCCAGAAGUUGUUAAAAUUUUAAGAGAAUCUCAUCCUCCAAGACCAAAACAAGGUUUUACUUUAUAUUUAAAUUCUUCAAUUUUAUCAAAUGCUUUAUUAGCAACUUUUAAUCAAUUUGGUGGUAGACAUUAUACAAUUUUAAAUAAACAAUUUUCAUCACCUUUUAUUGCUCAUGAAUUAACAAGAUCAGGUGCUGGUACUAUUAUCUUGAAUGAAUCUGGUGAUAAUAAACAAGUUGAUCAAUAUAAAAAAGAAGUUUCAAAAGCUGGUACUUUUAUUACUAUUAAUGAUGAAUCUGAUAAAAUUCAAUUUGAAGAUUCAGAAAUUUCAAUUGAUUUAUCUGGUAAUCCAUUAACUGCUGUACAAAAAAUUGUUUUAUAUUUAGAAGAACAAGGUUUCUUCCGUUUCUAG